UGUUCCGUUCCAGCGUUUGUUGUGCAGCGGCUCGAAUUGAAUCUUUACGAGUGGAGCUUUACGCGGGUUUUACGAGUGCCGUUGCAGGAUAUUUUAAUCUUUAUUAUAUGAAUUUCAUGUGAAUUUAUCGUUUUUAACUAUUGCCCAGAGGCAUAUGGAUUAUAUCAUGUGAAGGAUAAGAUAAAUGUCGUAGGCUUCGGUCGAGCAGGUCGGCUCCAAAAAUGAAGGUGCUCCUGGCGUCAGUGAUGAUCCUGUUGGUGACAGCAGCAGAUGGUGUCGAUCCCUCGCAGUGCAUCGCGCCUCUGGGCAUGGAAUCGGGUGCCAUCAAGGAUCAGGAUAUUACAGCCAGUUCUUCGUUCGAGCAUGGCAAUGUGGGACCACAUCACGGAAGAUUGAGGAACGAGUUAGAUGGGGGAGCUUGGUGUCCUCAAAGUGCCGCCACUCCUGAUUUGAAGGAGUGGAUACAAAUAGACUUACACACGGUCCAUAUGAUUACGGCGACUGAAACGCAAGGGCGGUUCGGGAAUGGGAAAGGAAUGGAGUUUGCAGAAGCCUAUGUUCUGGAAUACUGGCGACCUCGCUUUCUGAAUAAGUGGAUACGGUACAGAAAUCGGUCGGGUGAGGAAGCUUUGAAGGGCAACAUCAAUACAUAUCUCGAAUCGAAGACUAUCCUUGACCCGCCCAUAUGGGCGAGCAAAAUCAAAUUUCUACCUUUGAGUCACCACGAAAGGACUGUUUGUAUGCGUGUGGAAAUUUACGGGUGUCGAUGGACCGAUGGUAUUUUAAGUUAUUCGAUGCCGCAAGGUGAUAAGCGAGGAACUAGUUGGGAGUUCUAUGACACGGCCUACGAUGGGCACUGGGAUGGUGAGAAACUUCAGUACGGAUUGGGUCAACUCACGGACGGGAAAGUUGCCCCCGAUGAUUUUAAAGCAUCGUUUUAUCAAACUAAUUCGCAACAAGGGUGGGUCGGAUGGAAGAAUGACACGCGUAAAAACAAACCGAUCGAAAUAGUUUUCGAAUUCGACAAAGUGCGUGAGUUCACUGCCGUUCACAUAUACACUAACAACCAAUUUACGAAGGACGUGCAAGUGUUUUCACAAGCGAAAGUGUUGUUUAGUGUGGGAGGGAAACGUUACAAAGGUGAACCCAUAACAUUUGAUUACAUGGAAGAUCGCAUCUGGGAAACUCCACGCAAUGUGUCGAUUAGACUUUACCAUCGCGUGGGGAGAUUUGUUAAAAUCCAGCUACAAUUUGCGGCUAGAUGGCUGAUGAUUAGCGAAGUAACUUUCGAUUCGUUUAUCGUUAACGGCAAUUUCACCGAAGAGGAGGAGGAAGAAUUAGAAGAACAAACAUUACAAAAAGAUCAAAUUGCCUCUCCGGGAGCGGACAAUAAAAACGUCGUGAGUGCCGUAAACACUCCGUCUGGACUGGGACAAUACCUUGGCGUGAUAGUUGGCGUGUUAUCAGUGCUGGUAGUGUUAAUGGUAGCGGUAGUAGUUUUCGUUGUAAUACAACAAAGAAGAUAUAAAUCAUCUCCGCGACCGUCUCAAGUGCCAGGCGGCUGCGAUAAGGCAGCACUCUAUCGUGAACCAAGUAUGGGAAGACUUCCGGGUAGUUCUGAUUAUGCAGACGUUCGAGACCCCGAAUAUGCUGUACCCUUACAACCUCCACAAACUCCCCGUGCUCCGCCACCCUUACACAACUUCUUUCCGAAACCGCCGCCGGUUCCGCCACCCCCCGAGCGUUACUAUGCGGCCACGGAAAUAUGCAACUCUGGCUUUGUGCCACCACCACCUCCUUUGUCUACGCCGCCGCCGGUUAGGCUCAGCAGACAGCCGAGAUAUGUCUCGAAUACUAGGACCUACGUUGGACCUUAAACUGUGAUAAAUCGACUUGACGAUGGGGCCGACAGCGUUACCAUUACUUAGUGGCUCCACUCCCAUCAUUUGCCAAGGCUGAAGUUUACCAAAUAUGCUUAAAAUUGAAAAUAUCUUAAGUUGCUUUUACAAUAAGACAAUCCAAUAUCAUAUGAUGUGCUAUAUGUGUUGUAAAUAGGGACCCCUAUUUUAAAUGAUGAAGUUGUUUAUACCUUUGUACAUAAGCGUGAUCAAUGUAAAUAAAUAGCGUAUACGUA